CUCGGAGGAGCUCGGCAACCACUCGGCCUCCCCCAUCCCCCGGUAACGGUCGCUGGUGAGUUUAAAUGAGCCGGGGCUGGCCGGGCCGGAGUCGCUACGGGGGGGGGCCUGAGGCACUUGCAGAAAGUGGGCCUGAGCCUCAAGGAUGACGGUGCUGCAGGAACCUGUCCAGGCUGCUAUAUGGCAAGCACUCAACCACUAUGCUUACCGAGAUGCAGUUUUCCUCGCAGAACGACUGUAUGCAGAAGUACAUUCAGAAGAAGCCUUGUUUUUACUGGCAACCUGCUACUACCGCUCAGGAAAGGCAUAUAAAGCAUAUAGACUCUUGAAAGGACACAGUUGUACCACCCCACAGUGUAAAUACCUGCUUGCAAAAUGUUGUGUUGACCUUAGCAAGCUUGCAGAAGGGGAACAAAUCUUAUCUGGUGGAGUGUUUAAUAAGCAAAAAAGCCAUGAUGAUAUUGUCACCGAGUUUGGUGAUUCAGCUUGCUUUACUCUUUCUUUGUUGGGACAUGUAUAUUGCAAGACAGAUCGGCUUGCCAAAGGAUCAGAAUGUUACCAAAAGAGCCUUAGUUUAAAUCCUUUUCUCUGGUCUCCCUUUGAAUCAUUAUGUGAAAUAGGUGAAAAGCCAGAUCCAGACCAAACAUUUAAAUUAACAUCUAUACAGAAUUUUAGCAGCUGUCUGCCCAACACUUGUACAACUCUACUAUCUAAUCACAGUUUAUCUCACAGACAGCCUGAGACAGUUCUUACAGAAACACCCCAGGAUACAAUUGAAUUAAACAGAUUGAACUUAGAAUCUUCCAAUUCAAAGUACUCCUUGAAUACAGAUUCCUCCAUGUCUUACAUUGAUUCAGCUGUAAUUUCACCAGAUAACAUCCCUCUCGGAACGGGUUCUUCUAUAUUAUCUAAACAGGUUCAAAAUAAACCAAAAACUGGUCGAAGUUUAUUAGGAGGACCAACUGCUCUUAGCCCAUUAACCCCAAGUUUUGGGAUUUUGCCAUUAGAAACCCCAAGUCCUGGAGAUGGAUCCUAUUUACAAAACUACACUAAUACACCUUCUGUAAUUGACGUGCCAUCCACCGGAGCCCCUACAAAAAAGUCUGUUGCCAGAAUGGGCCAAACUGGAACAAAGUCUGUCUUCUCACAGAGUGGAAAUAGUCGAGAAGUCACUCCAGUUCUUGUCGCACAAACACAAAGCUCUGGCCCACAAACAAGUACAACACCUCAGGUAUUGAGCCCCACUAUCACAUCUCCCCCAAACGCAUUGCCUCGAAGAAGUUCCCGCCUUUUCACUAGUGACAGUUCUACAACCAAGGAGAAUAGCAAAAAGUUAAAAAUGAAGUUUCCACCUAAAAUCCCAAACAGGAAAACUAAAACUAAAACUAAUAAAGGAGGAAUAACUCAACCCAACAUAAAUGAUAGUCUGGAAAUUACAAAAUUGGACUCUUCUAUCAUUUCAGAAGGAAAAAUAUCCACAAUUACACCUCAGAUCCAGGCAUUUAACCUACAAAAGGCAGCAGCAGAAGGUUUGAUGAGCCUUCUUCGUGAAAUGGGAAAAGGCUAUUUAGCUUUGUGUUCAUACAACUGCAAAGAAGCUAUAAAUAUUUUGAGCCACUUACCUUCUCACCACUACAGUACUGGUUGGGUAUUGUGCCAAAUUGGACGGGCUUAUUUUGAACUUUCAGAAUACAUGCAGGCUGAAAGAAUAUUCUCAGAAGUUAGAAGGAUUGAGAAUUACAGAGUUGAAGGCAUGGAGAUCUACUCGACAACACUUUGGCAUCUUCAGAAAGAUGUUGCUCUAUCAGUUCUUUCAAAAGACUUAACAGACAUGGAUAAGAAUUCACCAGAGGCCUGGUGUGCUGCGGGGAAUUGUUUCAGUCUGCAACGGGAACAUGAUAUUGCAAUUAAAUUCUUCCAAAGAGCUAUUCAGGUUGAUCCCAAUUAUGCUUACGCCUAUACCCUAUUAGGACAUGAGUUUGUGUUAACUGAAGAACUAGACAAAGCAUUAGCAUGUUUUCGAAAUGCUAUAAGAGUAAAUCCCAGACAUUAUAAUGCAUGGUAUGGUUUAGGAAUGAUUUAUUACAAGCAAGAGAAAUUCAGCCUCGCAGAAAUGCAUUUUCAGAAAGCGCUUGACAUCAACCCUCAGAGCUCAGUGUUACUGUGCCACAUCGGAGUGGUUCAGCAUGCGCUCAAAAAAUCUGAGAAGGCUUUGGAUACCCUUAACAAAGCCAUUGUUAUUGAUCCUAAGAACCCUCUAUGCAAAUUUCACAGAGCCUCGGUUUUGUUUGCAAAUGAAAAAUACAAGUCUGCUUUACAAGAACUUGAAGAAUUGAAACAGAUUGUCCCCAAAGAAUCCCUUGUUUACUUCUUAAUAGGAAAGGUUUACAAGAAGUUGGGUCAAACUCAUCUCGCCUUGAUGAAUUUCUCUUGGGCUAUGGAUUUAGAUCCUAAAGGAGCCAAUAAUCAGAUUAAAGAGGCGAUUGACAAACGCUACCUUCCAGAUGAUGAGGAACCAAUAACCCAAGAGGAACAGAUCAUGGGAACAGAUGAAUCCCAAGAGAGCAGCAUGACAGAUGCAGACGACACACAACUUCAUGCAGCGGAGAGUGAUGAAUUUUAACCUCUGGAAAUCAGACUUUGACAGUUGGAUGUGUGGCUAGUGCUGACAUGUUUCUUGUCCCUCCAUAUACUGAGUCGUAACUCUUGAGCCGGCAUUGUCCUCAUUCAUCACUUAGACCAUGAGUGUGCCACUCUGGUUGGACCUGACUGUACGCAGAAUGAAAGGCAUUGCAAUAUUUAGCUGCUAAUAAGACUGGCUCUUUUACCAGUAUAAAUGACAAUUUGGGGGGAAGGGUGGGAAACUUUUUUUUCUUUAAUCUCCUUAGUUGGAAAGCUAUCAUGGAAGGAAGAGUUAUGUUUUAUCUUGAAGGAACCAUUAGAUAUGGAAAUAGUGAUGAACCAGAAUUUCUUGGUCAUUUUCCCAAAAUUCUGUUUUUUUAUUUGGUUCUUUUCCUGAUAAACAGAGUGACUGACCUUCAUUUCUAGGUUCUUCAAGAAUGGUGUUAGCAAGUGCCAGAUGGAACAAUAAAAGACAUUGCCUAUAACAGAGUAAAGUUCAUUGCCAAGGAACAUAGCUUACUUUAAGCUUGGAGUGUCUCCUAUAAGCAAAUGGAAUGGGCCUAUUGGGACUCUAUGUAGGAGUCGAAUACCCUCCAUACAGUGUACACUUAUUCUUGGCAAGAAUGCUUUAAUGUCUAACCAAGAAUUUUAAUUUAUUCAUCUUGCUUCAAAGUGUUGAUCAUUGUUGUCUUGGUAUUGCAAACUUUAAAAUUGGUCUUUACAAUACUGCCUCUUCUCUUUGAGCUCUGUGGGAUCGCCUUUAACAUUGACAGAUGAUAGAGUGGUUCCCCGUGAAAAGCCAAAACCAGGCCAUUAAUAACCACUUAUGUUUACCAGAAGAAUCAGUAUGAGAACACUAUAGAGACUUUGGAGAUCAUGAUAGAGAAGCCUUAAUCUAGUUGGAGUUGUACCUAACCGUGAGUCCUGCAUCUUUUCUAGGAGUGAAAGUAGAGUGCAAGAAUGUAUGGUUACUUUUGUUGAGGUCAAUUCCAUUCUUUUCAGCUUUCCGCUUCAUAUAGCUGUCAGUAGAGUGAGUCACCAAAACUUGUACUGAGCGUAAUUAAUUGGGUAUAAAAUACUGAAAAUUUUUAGCUUAGGGAAAAGUUUCUUAUGAAAGAGACAGAUUCUCUUCUGAGUUCAUCAUAAUAUGGGUUGGAAUGUUUGGGGAAUGGCCACAAUUUUAAAGAUCUAAUUAUGCAUAUAAAAUGGGAAUUAUUGGAAUUUCACAGUAACAGAUUUAAACACUCUUAAAUUGUGUAUCUCCUUUAUUGUAAUGUAUUGAAAAUUUUAGAGAAACUUUAGUUAACAUUUUAUUAAGUGCCAAUGUCAGAAUAUAACAAAUUACAAUUUCUUAUAAGUUACAGGCCUACAGUUACUAUUUUGAAUUAUUUGAUGAAGGAAAAACGUACCCUCUGGUUACUUGUAUUUGUUAGUCAACCUGUGAAAACAAGGUGGAUUACAAAAGAUGUGAAAAAAAAAAUGUUUUAGCCCAUAGAUUUGGUCAUUUUCUGUCCGUUACUUAAUCUUCUCAUCCGAUGUGAAUUAGAUACUAUUACAAAUUCAAGUCAGUCUUGGGUUAGGUAUUAGGUGCCAGAGAAGGAUUUAAGAUAAUUUCCUGCCUAAAUCUAGGUAUGUGUGCAGUUUAAAAAGAAGUAAUUUAUGAGGAAAAGGAAAGUUGGGAAUAAAUGAAUAUCAUUAAAAAUUCCCAUAGACUAGCACUUCGAUUCUAACAGAGUCCAUUGUAUUACUCAUUAGUUAUGUGAAGUUUAAUUUUCUUUUUUUUUUUUUUUUAAUUGGCAAAUCAAAAGCCAGCUAUAUACAUGUAUAUUACAUCAUCAGAUCUGGAGUUUCAUAGAGAGCUGUGCUGAGUUCUGUGGCAGACCUAAAGAAAGCUAAGCUCAGAACAUAAUUGACUGAAGUGUAAUUACCUUUUGGGUUUUUUGUUUGUUUGUUUUGUUUUUGUUUUUGUUUUGUUUUGUUUUUUAAGUAGGAAUUUAGUCCUGUGCCAGAGGGACUUUCUGGUACUGAUUUUAAGACAAAGGAUAGAGGGAUAGUUGUGGCAGUGGCUGGCUGAGAGACACUCACAAACACUCGGCCUGCUUUCGUGUUUUCCUCACACCUGCUUUUAACAUCAUUUAGAUAUUGAAGCCUUAUUUCCACAUAGUAACUAUUUCCUAGUUUCUUUCUCUUUUUUUUUUUCUGUCUUUUUUUUCUUUUUUUCAUUUUACAGAAUAGGGAUCAAACAAACAAACACAUUUUGUAAGUCAAAUGUUUGUUUCAAAUUUCAGAUGUUGCUUUGAAGGAAAUUAAGAAUACUAAGUACUUCGCUUUUUUUCACACCUAUACAUACGUAUACAUAUAUAAAUAUACACACUCACACAAAAGUCUAUUAGAGCAUUGAAUGUCUUUUUUCUCGUGGAAAUGGUUAUUACACCAGGAUUUUAGAAGGUUAGAAUAUUUUUUCAGAAGAACAGAUGCUACUCAAAAUAAUGAAAGGAAGUCUCUUAACUUUUUCUGUAUUUCAUUACUUAAUAUUUUUUUAUUUUAUCCAAGAACUGCAAGUAACAUUUGAACCAUGCUGCUGUUGUACCUUAAACAAAAACUCAGUGAUAACCAGUGUUUAGUCUAUUAAAAACACUCUUUUUGAAGAAACCAGUUUCUAAGUCUCUGAUUAGCCAGAGUACAGUUAUGGGUCUUCACUGAGAAAAAUGGUGGCCCAUUUUCUUUGGGAAAACCUGGGAAAUGCAAGUGUGGGUGUGAUAUGUGUGUUCUAUUUGCAUUGAAACAAUGUACUUUUGUGUCUUCUUUUUGCUUUUCCUGACUUAUUUCAGAAAUUGUAUAGUCUUUGGGGGGAAAGUCUUUUCUGUUAAUAUAUUUACAGUUCAUUAAAGGAUAUGGAAAAUCCAAAUAAAUUACUUUUGAAAGCAGUUUAUAAUCAAGGUAUUAAAGCUAUGUAAAAGCUGUGUCAUCUUCAUUUUUAUACUGAGUCACAGCAGCAUAGUGAUGAAAGAUCACAUUUUAUGUUCUACAAGAGCCUAGGACAAUGUUUCUCUAAUUUUUACUUAUACUUUUUAAUAUAUAUAUAUAUUAAAGUUCAUACCCUUUUUAGUAUUAUUUGAAAUUUCAAAAUAAAUAUUAUGACAAAAAAGUGGUAAUUUU